AUGUACGGGAAGCCCCAUUCAGUGAUCACUUGCAUCGUGUCAAAGAAAAAGGAAAUCAAGGAAGCUGUUGUUGUGAAAGGGAUAGAUAUGCUCACCAAAAAGAGAUCGCAAAUACUCGAAGAUGUUGAGAAUUUGUUUCUUCAAACAUUUGCAGUGCCAGGAUCAAUAUUUCUAUCCAUCCUUUCAGGUUUCCUCUUCCGCUGGGAGUUAGCACUGCUGCUUAUAUGUUUCUGCUCAGCAACUGGUGCCUCCUUUUGUUACCUGCUCUCCUAUCUAGCAGGCAGACCCAUUGUUCUCAAGUAUCUUCCUGAGCGCACAAAAUCAUGGCAAGAAAAGGUAGAUAAGCAGAGAGAUAACCUGUUAUUCUACAUCAUCUUCCUACGUAUCACGCCCUUCCUCCCAAAUUGGUUCAUCAACAUCACUAGCCCCAUUAUUAAUGUGCCUCUCUGGCCAUUUUGGUUAGGAACAUUUUUAGGUGUGGCUCCACCCAGUAUAUUAGCUGUACAAGCUGGGACAACCUUAUACCAGCUCACUUCGUCUAGUGAUGCCUUCUCAUUAACAUCUGUGGUACUUCUGGCUCUUGCAGCUCUUUUGUCUCUAGUUCCUAUAAUUUUGAAGAAUCGUCUUCGAGAAAAGUUUGACUAGGGCUGGUAUCCUUCCAUGGGUCAUGUGUGGAGGUCAAAGCAUCAGGACAUGGUCAUGUCAACACAGUCACCAAAAACAAAGGACAAGACCAAGAGCAGGAGGGUCAGAAGAGGUAUUCUCAUCCUGUAUAAGAAACAAGAAUUUUCGGCACAAACGAGCGAGUGUCAGGGAAGUGAGUUUGAAGAGAAAGUUCUAACAGAUAUAUCACCAAUACUCUCCCCAGAUAGAUCAGCUUACUUUCCUGGAGAUCCUGCCAUUGAAGUAGUUGUCAUUGCACAUUCAGGCCACUGAACAUUGGUUUAGCAGUUUUUGCUGUACAUUAUCUUAAUACAGUUGUGUACAUUAAUUUUUUCUUACAAAUGAUAUGUUAUUAUUUGAGCAUACAUCUUGCAUUUAAAGA